CAAAACUCCAUAUAAGAGUUCCACACUUCCCCAAACUCUUCUAUCUCCAAUCUCCUUGUCCUCCAAAAAAGUAAAUAAUCUUUCAUUCUAAAAUCUAAAUUCUUUUCGUUUACUUGCUUCCUUCUCUCUCUCUUUCUCAGUCAAAAUUUUCUACUAAUGAGCUGAGAGUGGAAAACACAUAUCAUUAUGGGGUUUCUCCGGCGACUCUUCGGCGGCGGAGGAAAGAAGAACCACCACCAUACUCCGCCGCCGGGAAAGGAAAAACGGAGCUGGAGCUUUGUGAAACAAAGCACCAGAGACAACAAAUCCAACAACAAUAACGGCUAUGACAACUUCACCGACAACUUGGACCCCAACAGGCACGCCAUCGCCGUCGCCGCCGCAACCGCCGCCGUAGCUGAGGCAGCUCUCGCAGCCGCACAUGCCGCAGCAGAGGUUGUCAGGCUCACCAGCGGCGGCGGGGCCGCCACGCCGGCGCAGGUUCAACUCCGGCUGGCGGAGGAAAUCGCCGCCGUGAAAAUACAGUCGGCGUUCCGUGGUUACUUGGCAAGGAGGGCAUUGAGAGCACUUAAAGCAUUGGUGAAGUUACAAGCACUGGUGAGAGGCCACAUUGUGAGGAAGCAGAGUGCGGAUAUGCUGAGGCGCAUGCAAACUUUGGUGCGCCUCCAGGCUCGUGCACGUGCGAGUCGCGUGCACUUGUCUGACAACAUGCCUUCUUUCAAGUCUUCACUUUCUCAUUACCCUGUUCCUGAAGAGUAUGAGUAUCCACUUCGUGCCUAUAGUACGAAAUUUGAUGGAUCUUCUAUCCUCAAGAGAUGUUGUUCCAAUUCAAAUUUUAGGGACAUUGAGUUAGAGAGAGCCCGAUUCGGUUCCAGUUGGUUAGACAGUUGGAUGGAACAAAGUGCGUGGAGCCAAACUGGCAAUGCUUCAAAGAAAAACGGGCACAUAGAUGACGAGAAGAGUGACAAGAUUCUUGAAGUUGAUACUUGGAAGCCACACAUGAAUUCCCACAAUAACAGUAGCAGCUCAUUCAAGGCACCACAACAUUAUUUCGCUCCAGAUUACAGCGACAACUUUCUCAUGGCAUAUGAAUCUCCAUCGAAACGUUCCUCGAAAGCGCUAAAUACAAGUUUCUCAUCUAGGGAAGUGUUGCCCUUAGGUUCUCCUAGAUUCCACAAAGGAAAAGAAGUGGUGAUGGCUUCAAGAACCGCAGAGAAUAGUCCCCAAGCAUUUUCGGCCUCAUCUAGGCUCAGUAAUGGUGGAAGGAGAGGCCCUUUCACACCAACAAAGAGCGAGUGUUCUUGGGGUUUCUUCAAUGGAUAUACUAGUCACCCAAGCUACAUGGCUAACACUGAAUCUUCAAGAGCUAAGGUUAGGUCACAAAGUGCUCCAAGGCAAAGGCUUGAGUUUGAGAGAUAUGGUUCAACAAGAAGGAGUUUUCAGAAUCCUUGGGAUGCAAGGCCUAACCCAAGUUCUACCUCAAGCCAAUUUAACUGAAUUGGGAGUACCAAAUUAAGAUUAUUCAAGUUUUAUGGUGAAUUUUAUUAUCUCUACCCUCUUUCUUCCCAUUAAAAAAAAAAAAGAGAAGAGAAAAAAGAAGAAAGAAAGGAGAGGCAUUGUUUUGUUUUGCUUUGGUUGGUUUUUAUUUGUAUGACAGUGGUUUUAGAUUGUAAGUAGUUCAAUAGUUGACUUGUACUCUUGUAGAAAAAAAAAAUCCUCAAAAAUGAACAAAUAACUUUUUUUUUU